AUGCUCAAGCUCACUCUUCCGUGUCUGGCACUGUUGGCACUCAGCGGCGCGUUGAAGAUUCACGAGUACGAGCAUGAGGAGCACGCCAAGUACGAGCCGGAACAUGAGGAGACCGAGGUACAUCAUGAGGUGGAUCACAAGCACGCCACAUCGCAUCAGAGCGUUAAAUUCCAUCACUAUCAUGCCGUGCCCGUCUACAUUAAGCACGAGGAUCAGCAUCUGGUCAAGAAGCCCAUCGAGAUUGGCGGCACCAAGCAGAAGUUGAAGAUAUUGCACCCGAAAACCGAACAUAAUCACAAUCAUGGACUUGUGCUGGAGAGCCACAGCGAAUCGCAUUUGCAUGAGCAUGGACACUACGAGGAGCCAGUGCAUCAUUCCGAGCACUACGAGCAUUAUGCGCACCAUGAAUAG